AGUGGGCGGGCCACAGCUUUGUAUCGACACAAAGACGGAUCGCCGGACGGGACAGCGCCGAGCGUUAUCCCACUCCCACUCAUCAUGUGGCAAGCUGGUGGCUGGCGCGUACCGGUACGCCGAUCGCCCGCUCUGCCGGGCCCCUCAUGCGAGCACGGCCGAGCACGGCGUCGCGCUGCUUCGGUAUAGCAGCAGCAGACACCGCUCUCUUGCUAUAUUUUCCCGUCGAGGAACUCUCAUCCGCAACUCCUCCUCGUCGGCGAGUCCUGGAUUCCCCCCCCCACCAUCCGCCCUCACUACCCCCUAAACGAGAGUCACCAUGGCUGCUACUACUCCUACCACCCCGGCCAUCGCCCCCCUGAAGGGCACCAAGCUGUUCGCGCCCCUGAAGCUGGGCCUCUGCGAGCUGCAACACCGCAUCGUCCAGGCGCCGUGCACCCGCAUGCGAGGCGUCAAGGAGAGCGACGGCGUCAACGUGCCGGGCGACCUGAUGGUGCAGUACUACGGCCAGCGGGCGACGCGGGGCGGGCUGCAGAUCGUCGAGGCGGCCGACAUCGCGCGCUACACGUCGGGGUACCCGGGCGUGUGCGGCGUCUUCGCGGCCUCGCAGGUCGCCGGGUGGAAGCGGGUCGCCGACGCGGUGCACGCCCGGGGCGGGUUCGCCUUCCUGCAGAUCUGGCACGCCGGCCGCGCCUCGCCGCCGUCCUUCCGCGCCGGCGCCGCGCCCCCCAGCGCCGGCGGCCGCCCGAUGGACGGCGCCUGGCCCGACGGCAGCGCCUGCGCCGAGUGCCCCCCGACGCCCAUGGCGCGGGACGAGAUCGCCGCCACGGUCCGCGCCUUCGCCGAGGCCGCCGCGCGCGCCGUCGACGCGGGCUUCGACGGCGUCGAACUCCACGGUGCGAACGGUUAUCUGCUGGAUCAAUUCCUCCACGACAACAUCAACGAUCGGACGGACGAGUACGGCGGGUCGGUCGAGAACCGGUGCAGAUUCCCCCUCGAGGUUGUCAAGGCCGUCUGCGACGCGAUCGGCCCCGAGAAGGCCGGCGUCCGGCUCAGCCCCUGGAACUACUUCCAGUCGACGAUGGACAGCGAUAGGCUGGGGACCUGGUCGUAUCUGUGCGAGCAGCUGGUGGCUUUGCCGGCUAGCCAGCGGCCAGUCUACGUUCACAUGAUCGAGCCGCGAUUCGACGAGGUCCUGGACGAGCAGCAGAAGAUCGACUCGCUCGCCGGCGGCGAUAAGAAGGUCGCCGUCUCCUUGUCCCCGUUCCGAGAGAUCCUGCAGAAGGGGGGGAUCCUGUUCGUAAGCGCGGGGUGCUUCGACCGCGACAACUCAGUGUCCAAGCUGGAAUCCGGCGCGACGGACCUGGUCGCCUACGGGAGGUGGUUCAUCGCGAACCCGGACUUGCCCAAGAAGCUGGCGGACGGCAUCCCCUUUACGAAGUACGACCGCUCCACCUUUUAUUUCACAGAGCCCCCGGAAAAGGGGUACGCAGACUACCCUAUCUACGCGGCAGAAGUAGCAUGAACAGGGUUUUUCUCGAUCCUUUUCAUCAGUUUCUUACUCUAUAGAAGAGAAGCCAUCCUGUACCUUGGGUAUCCGAUUAGCUACCUCGGGUAGUGCUUCUUCACUAGCUCACGUAGCCCUCGCAACAUAAACGCAUGUGCAAAUCAAGUUCGAUCUAUGUCUCCAGGGUGCCCCAUGCUCUCUUCCCUAUGUGAUGAGACGAAAAGUUGUCAGACUCGCAAUGACAAUGUUGUAGAGUUGUAGCGCCUCUGCAUGGAAGAAUAUCGCGGACCGCAACCCAUCCCCAACGCUACCCCCCCUCCUCUCCCCGCUUAGAGGAAAUAGGAAACAAAAUGCGAGACAAAAAACUAGAGAGCUAGAGUGGCUUUGCCGAUCGACACUGCAACCGGUGAACUGGACAUAAAACAGGAAAAAGGAAAUAGUAGGUAGGUACACAAGAAGUCUAGAUGUUUAGUGCCUACGUAGGUAGGCAGACAGGCAUUUCCUCGGGGCACCCUCUUCCUCCUCCGCCCCCUCCCCCGCGCCCUCCAACCUCAGCUUUAAACUCGGCCUCGCCUUCGCCUCGGCCUCAUCCUGGACGCGUGCCCAGCUAGCCUCGACUUCGCGCUCGAGGUCGUAGGCGAGCAGCCAGCCGCCGACGCCGUAGUAGCGCCAGGGGAGGGGGUCGUCGUCGCCGCCGCCGUCGCCGUCGCCGUCGCCGGGGUCCGGGCGGGGGCGGGCGACGUGCCCCGGGUCGCGC